AUGACUUUAAAUGAAUUCAAGCAAAUAAAAGACGAUGUUGGUCACUUGAUGCCAAUAAACAGUUUUCUAUCCACGACGAAAUGCCGCAAUCUAGCAGAAAUAUGGGCCGGCGAUGGUGAAGAUCGACCAAAAUUGGAAUCAGUUAUAUUCGAGAUCAUCAUUGAUGAAUCUGAAUUUGGAGAUAUAUCGAUAGUCUUCGCAGACAUUAUUGCGGAGAACAUCUUCGAAGCAGAAAAAGAAGUAUUACUAGCCAUGGGCACAACGUUGUAUAUUGAAUCGGUGGAACCUGAAGGCAAUGUUUGGAAAAUCUGUUUUUGCGCAUGUCCAUUUGAAGAUAGAGUAUAUCGAAAAUUAAAAACUUGGUUCACAAAAUACAAUGAAUCAUUAAUAUUCAAUGAGAACAUGCCGCGGCCAAUGAUUGAACAAGCACUUCUCAGUAUGGGUGAAAUCGAAAAAGCACAAAAAAUGACUCAACAGAUCGAGCGAUUUAAAGAUCCGAUAGCUAAUAGUAUGGAUACAAUACUCAGAUCAGGCAUAAAACUCCAGAAACCAGAAUCAGACAGUACUGAAUCUAAUGAGCGGAUUAGACUAUGGGAAAAUUUAUCUAAAAUGAAAGAAUCUUUCAAAGCAGUCUAA